ACCAUAAAGCAAUUUGCUAUAAUGUCUCUAUUAUCUCUUUUCUGAAAAGAAUGGCAGGCCACUGAAAAGGUGUAUUUCAGGUCAUGUGGAGAUUACACCCACCUGAAAGUCCAUCAUUAACUUCUCAGGAAGCUCGGAGCUCAGGAUCCUUCAGUGAGUAGUCCUUUAAGCAGGUUCAGUUGUCAAGGGCUACAGGGCUUUUUGCCAGAUAAUUAUAUCUGUGACUUUACUGAAAUGCUCCAGCUCUGUAGACUUAAAGGACUUCAGGAAACUCCUUACACUGCUCUGCUAUAGUGGUGUGAUCAGGCCCAUUGAGGAGAAGGUGGUGUCUGGAUCAACACAGGAUUCCUGUGCCUUAGCGGAAGAAAACCUUUUCUUCUUCUGAACUGAUCUCCAUAAGGUAACUUUGCUAACUCUUGGGGAUUGCCUGUUAAGCCUUGAUGGCUUUUGAAGUGCUCCUGGAUCAAGUUGGAAGCCUGGGGAGAUUCCAGAUCCUUCAGUUGGCUUUCUUUUUUAUCAGCAUCGUCCUCCUGUACCCUCGUAUUUUACUGGAGAACUUUACUGCAGCCAUCCCUGAUCAUCGCUGCUGGGUCCACAUCCUCGACAAUGACACUGUCUCCAAUAAUGACACUGGGACUCUUGGCCAAGAUGCCCUCCUGAGAGUCUCCAUCCCACUGGACUCCAACCUGAGGCCAGAGAAGUGUCGUCGCUUUGUCCAUCCGCAGUGGCAGCUCCUUUACCCAAAUGAGAGCUUCUCAAAUAUGAGUGAGCUAGACACAGAGCCCUGUGUGGACGGCUGGGUGUAUGACCGAAGCUUCUUCUUCUCCACCAUCGUGACUGAGUGGGACCUGGUGUGUGAAUCUCAGUUACAGAAAUCAGUGGCUCAAUUCCUACUUAUGGCUGGUUCACUGCUGGGGGGUCUGGUAUAUGGCUAUCUUGCAGACAGGUUUGGACGGAAGAUCAUAUGCAGAUGUUGUCUCCUUCAGCUGGCCAUCUCUGACACCUGUGCAGCCUUUGCCCCCAACUUUUUCAUUUACUGCUCACUAUGCUUCUUGGCAGGGUUCUGUAUAAUGUCUCUUUUAGGAAACCUCUAUGUUUUGGCUGUAGAGUGGACAAAUCCCCAGUCACGAUCUAUGACUUUAAUACUGCUAUCAAGUGCCUAUAGUGUUGGGCAGAUGGUCCUGGGAGGACUGGCCUUUGCCAUUCGAGACUGGCGUACACUGAAACUGACAUUGUCUAUACCUGUGUUUGUCUUCUUCUUGUCCUCCAGGUGGAUGGUGGAGUCUGCCCGGUGGCUGAUUAUCAACCAUCAACUAGAUGAGGGCUUAAAGGAACUUAGAAGAGUUGCACACAUAAAUGGAAAAAUGGUUUCUGGAGAGAUCUUGACCACUGAGUUUCUGAGCUCCACCAUGCAGGAGGAGUUGGAUAGAGCCCAGAUCAAAGCAUCCGUUUCUUUCUUGUUCCAUGCACCUAAACUGCGAAUGAGAGUCCUCUACCUAUCUUUUGUGAGUUUGAUGACGAUUGUGCCCUAUUAUGGCCUGAUACUCAAUGUGGAGCACUUGGGAAGAAAUGUCUACCUGUUCCAGGUUCUCUUUGGUGCUGUCACACUCAUAGGCAGAUUUUUUGCCCUUUGGACACUAAAUCAUAUGGGUCGUCGACUAAGCCAGAUGUUGCUUAUGUUCCUAGUAGGACUGUCCAUUCUGGUCAACACCUUUUUGUCUCAAGAAAUGCAGAUGCUACGUGUGGCUCUAGGGACUUUGGGAGCUGGUACUCUUUCUGCUGCUCUUACCAGCUUUGGUGUCCACAGCUGUGAGCUCAUCCCCACCAUAGUCAGGUCAACAGUUGGAGGGAUCAGUAUAGUGUUCAGUAGAAUUGGGGCAGCACUGUCUCCUUUGCUGAUGAUCCUAAUGAGGUAUUCUCCCCACCUACCCUGGAUUACCUAUGGAGUCUUCCCUAUUGUUGCUGGCCUCAUUGUCCUCCUCCUCCCAGAAACCAGGAACUUGCCUCUUCCUAACACCAUAGAAGAUGUGGAAAAUGACAGAAAAGAAACAAGAAAUGUAGAGCAGGAAGACACUUACAUGAAGAUUACACAAUUUUAAGGAGCUCUCAAGACUUGAUCCAAAGCAGAGAAAAAUAAGGAGGAAAAAUCAAGAUAACUAAUAUAAAUCUACGUAACUAUUCUAAAAUAUAAUGGAUAGUAAUUCCACUAAGUGAUAGUUUGCUUUCAGUAAGAAGUUUCAAAUUUCAAAAUUCAUCUAGAUAUUAUUAAAAACCAAGAUGAUUUAUGAAAAAAGAGCAUCGUGGAGUGAUGAUGGGGCUGACUCAGGUAUGGUGAAGCAUAUGCUGGAUGCUAUUAUAAAACUACAGUCACCUAAACAGUAAAAGCCAAUACAUCCUCCAAUUAUAGCCAUUCCAGAAACACACAUAAGUAUGUAUAAACAUUUAUUUAUCAAAGUUUUGGCACCAAGAAUUACUUAUAUAUCAUGAUAGAUUAUACAAUUAACAUUAUUAAUUAUCUCUUUGGAAAUAAAAAGUUUAUGAGAAUGGUUUUCUGUUAAGGGCAAAAUUAUGUUUUUUUCUUCAUGUUAUUUCUGACUUCAUAUUUUAAACUAAUACAAAUCAUUUAAAAGUAUAAAUAUAAAAUAUUAAAGGACAAUUGACAUGUUAAAUGAUUUCUAAAUGUAUACAUAGAUUUGUGUGCCUAUUUAAUACAUAUUAAUCAUAGAAAAUUAUACUUCAAUACAAAAAUGGGCAAAGAGCAAGAACAAGUAUGUUUCA